AAAUAUAGUGGACACCAGAGGGUAGAGGAUUCUAUAAAUUUUAAUUUCAAAUUAAACCUGAUCAUUUAAAAUGUCGCUGAAUGAGGAAGAAUUUUCUCAAAAUUGUGAUGGUUCAUCUCUUUCUCAGCAUGCAGAAAAACAAGAUUCUGUUGUGAAUAUGAGCAUUGAUAAACCACAACCCGAUUGCUCAGGGGAAAAUAUUGAGGAGAACGAUCAUACAGAAAAUACUAACGCUGACGAAGAAAUAAAUGGAGAAAUUGGAUCCGAACAGACAAAAGCGUUAAAUGAAAAUCAAAAAACUUCUCGAAGUAAGAAUCCUCAUAUAGAUAUGGAUAUUGACGAGCUAGUUGAAACUAUAAAAGAUUGUUUAAUCCUCACUGCGCGUAGCUUUGAACGAAAACUGAUAAAAAAAGUUACCAAAAAAUUGAGUGAAAUUGAAACUACUUUUGGGAAAAAUGUCAAUACGCCAUUAUUAUUUGAUUUAAAAGAUAAAAUUGAGGUAUUAGAAGUUGCCUUACCAAUGGACGAUCCAGAAGUCUUCACUGCUUUUGACUUAGAAGUGUCGGGAAGUCCGGAAAAAAUAGAAGCACUGAAAUCAAUAAUGUCAGUUUCCGCUCGACGAUCUGCAAACCUGAAAGAAGCUAUACCAAACAUUUUAAAAACAUUGAUUGCAAAACCCAUUCAACAAUCAUACAGCGCUCUUGGAAGAGGAAAAAAUAAUUUGGCAUUCAAUGAAACAUUUACUUACAAGACAAUGAGAGAUGUACUCUUGGAUUUUUUCAACGGCACUAUUUCAGAGUCACAAAUAAGCAGUGAAUUAAGCACUUGGUUGGGACGAGCUGUUGAUCGUGAAGGAGGCCGAAAGGAACGUUGAUUACUUACACUAUAU